CUGCCGCGCGAAGCGAACGCUACUUGCGAUCACAACGCGACCACACGCGCACCUGUGCACCUGUGCCCUGUGUUUAUUACUCUCAAAACACGUAAACAAACGAAACCGCUGUGAGAAGUGCAGCUAAGUGAGAUCGGAACGUCACACGCACGCCAUCCGAGUACGCUGUGCCGAGUGACAGUUGCAUUCUGCAGGGCUCAAGCAGUGAACUGGUGAAGCGGAACAUGUAGUGGAGAUUUUAAGACAAAAGUGUGUUUUUAAUCGUACGUCAUGGCCGACAUUGAUGAAAUGAAUAUCGACUACGAAGUCGGCUACGAGUACGACAUGUCUAAAAUACCGGAAAUCGUUACACCGGAUGACACGAACGAGUCCGGCUAUCAGGAGGGUUCGGAGAAAAGUUACGGUGAUAGACGAGAUUCCAAAGAGGGUUUCGGUGGCGAAGGGGAUUCAGAUAGUGGUGUCGAUGGGGUGAGCAGUGGAUGUAGCACGGUGGAUGACUGCCCGGUGGUGUCGAUAAAUGACGUGGUCGCGUACUAUGAUGACAUUCGCCCAAGGCGGCGACAUGUGCCUCAGCUUAAUUUCUAUCACGUGGAUAUCGAGAGGAUGGCCUUGGACGCUGUUGUUCAGAGCGAGUCGAGUUAUACCUCUUCAGAAGAAGGCUGCGGCGGCGGUGAGCGCCACGCUGUGCUCAGUUAUGAACAAGUACGAAGGCUUAACGAUGUUAUGGACGAAGUGGUCUCUAUACACGGCCGAGGCAACUUCCCCACUCUGCACAUCCGACUGCGCGAGCUGGUGGCGGGCGUAAGGGCUCGUCUCGAAGCCGCUCAGACUGAAGGCGGGGCAGGUGUCGCUGUCCGGGACGUGCGUCUUAAUGGUGGCGCCGCUAGUCACGUUCUAGCCGAUCGCCCGCAACCUUAUUCCGAUAUCGACCUCAUUUUCACUGCGGAGCUGCCGACGGCACGUCACUGUGAUCGUGUCAAGGCCGCAGUUCUUGGACAUCUUUCGACUCUUCUCCCGGCCACGAACCCUCGUCGACGCGUCGCUCCGGCUGGGUUAAAAGAAGCCUACGUUUCCAAAAUGGUCCGAGUCAACUCAGACGGUGACCGUUGGUCACUAAUUUCACUGGGUAAUUCGCGCGGUCACAAAUCAGUAGAACUGAAGUUUGUUGAUACAAUGCGUCGACAGUUUGAAUUCUCAGUCGAUUCGUUCCAAAUUGCUUUGGAUUCUCUACUCGCAUUCCAUGAAUGCGCUCAGCUUCCUAUUGGAGAAAACUUCUAUCCGACCGUCGUCGGUGAAUCUGUAUUUGGCGACUUCAGUGAGGCACUCAUGCAUUUAUCAGAGAAGUUGAUCGCCACGCGGCAACCCGAAGAGAUACGCGGAGGUGGUCUCUUAAAGUACUGUGCACUUUUGGCCAAAGGAUACCGGCCGGCUCGACCGGACAAGAUCAAAACCCUUGAACGCUAUAUGUGCUCAAGAUUCUUUAUAGACUUUCCGGAACUCGGACAGCAACGUGCGAAGUUGGAGGCUUACUUACGGAACCACUUCGUGGGUCGAGAUGAGGAGGCGCUAAAGCACAGGUACCUGACGUUGCUGCACAGCGUGGUGCGGGAGUCGACCGUCUGCCUGAUGGGCCACGAGCGGCGGCAGACGCUGGCGCUGAUCGAGGCAAUGGCGUGCCGCGAGCUGUGCGCGCGCGCGCCGCUGCUGCUGCCCGCCAUGGCCGCGCUGCCGCCGGCCGGCUACUACGUGUGCGUGUGCGCCGCGUGCGCCGCCUGCGCCGCGUGCGCCGCGUGCGCCAGCGCCGCGUGCUGCGAGUGCUACCGGCCCGCGCUGUGCCCGGCGUGACCGCCGACCCCGCGCCCGCCUGACCUCUCCUUCGCAGUCGAACCACGAUGAAUUUAGUGCCAAAUGUAUAUAAUAUAAAGGUAUAUGUAUAUAUAUGAUUCGACGCUAUGUAUGCGCGUACGAUUGUAUAUAAUGUGAGAUUUAGCGCUUCGUAUCCUUUCGAUCUGGGCGACCGAGGUAUUAUUUAGUGAGAAGCGAGCGUGGUCGGAGCGCUCUCGAGCGGUGGAGACGACUCGCUCUGCGUCAAUUUGAUGUUGCUCACUCUACUUUGAUCAAUUUUCGUCAAUUCGUGAUGCGGCAAACAGGCAUGGUCGUUUUGUAAUCGUUCGCCUCUAGUGAUGUCACGUGUCUUAUUUCCUGGACAAUGACAACAUUCGUGUUUGCCAAUCAUAAAGUAUCGAGCUACAAAACCUAACUACAUACAUAUUAUCAGCGCUCGAUGUAGAGUCAAUACGUGAGGUAAUUUCUAGUCGUACUCCUUUCGUGUUGAUACAUUAAUAUGUUAGCAGUACGAAAAUUAUUUUCACGCGACGGUGUACGCGACGUUAGGAUGUAAAGCCAAGUCGGUGGUCUGCCUUUUAAAAGAUUAGUUACUCAUUUUUAAGCUUCGUAUGUAAAGAUGUUUCCAUUGUAGUGGCAUGUCUCUCUCAAACAGAACCGCGGAAAUAGACUGAAAAAGAUAAAGAAUCAAGAGAAGAGCGCAUUAAAGAAAGUAAUUUAGACUAAGACCUAAAUAAAUUCGGUCCUAUGAAAUGGACUUUAGGAAAAAAUCAUAAGAUAUGAUGUUGUAGAAAUCUUGAAAGUAAAUUAUAAUCGGACGCGGUGUUACGUACUCGUAUUCGCACCCGCUUCGAGCGACGAAAUCGCUACAUAGGUCAGAAGGUUCCGUUCCUCGGUACGAUAUAACUAAAAUAUACCUAUUUUACUAUUAAAUUUAUUAAUCAGAAAAAUUGUAUGUAUACUGUUUCAUGAUUGCUCUAGUAUUGUAUACGGCUUGGCGUACGAAGUAACAAAGUAAGAUAAUUUAAAACAAUAUAUAAAAAAAAAAUAUUAAAAAAAAAAAACAAAAAAAAUAUAUAACUAAGGUGUGUACAAUAUUAAAGUCCACUCUUAAUAUUAAUACACCAUAUAAAUAUUUUAAGAACAUUUACAUGUAGUAGAGUUUAGCUAACAGAGUACAUAGAAUAAUUUUUUGAUUGCGUCUCAAUACAAUAGUAGAUUGUAUGAAGAAAAUGUGAUUUAAUUGUUUUAGAAUUUAUGUAAUGUUGUCGAUCAUUAUAUAAAUAUUACAUAAACAUUAUUAUAUAGUUUAAUUCAAUAGAGAUAUAUUAUAUUAUUGUAUUUUAAUUAUAUAUAGUUAUACGAAUGAAAGUGUCCGUUCCAUGUCGUAUAUAGUUGCCAAUGCGUAUUAUAUUAUAUAACAAAGUGUAUGUUAAAACAAACGUUUUUCGUGUAAGCUGUACGUAUCCGGAAUAAUCAAGUACAAUCUGCUUGUAGUUUUAUCGUCUUAUAACUUCGGAACAAUAAUAUGAAUGAACGAAUUUCAGACUUGCUCACUAACGAACCAAAAUUUAAGAUCUCAUUUUUAUUAGCCUUCGAAAUUAUUGUCGAAAAAUGUUUUUCAUCGAAGUCGCAUUUGUAUAUCAAUCCAUUUACCAUAUAAAAACAAAAUCUAUCCAUACUUAUGGUAAACAAAACUUAAGAAUCGAUUUACUGAAAAAAAAUACAAAUAUUAUUUUCAUCACUAGAAAAGUAUGGACGUCAUCAAAUCCAUUUUUUAUAUGAAACUCACUUAUAUUUUCGAAAGUUGUACUUAUAUAUAAAUGAAGUACAUAAUAUUAUAUGAAAAUUAAUCUAUAUUCCAUUAUUCAGAGUGAUCGUAUGUUUAUUGUCGCUCGUUAUACGUAUCGAGACAGGCGUCAAGUUGUAAUUCGACAUGUUUUUAAAAUCAUUUUUAUUGUCUACUUACGAAGGUUUAAUUUCACAAGGAAUACUCAGUUGUGUUAAGCUGUUUUAAUCCGCACAGCAUCUAAAUCAAACCGCAGAUCUUAUAAAACUACGCGUUUUUUACCGCAGCGGGCUACCAUUUGAUUUCAUCUAUAUAACUUGUGAAAUUAAAUUCGUUAACCUGUGAUUAUAAAGAAGAUCAGUUAUUGGCAUUAACUAUUAACUACCUCCUUAUAUGAACGAUGAAGCUUCCUUAGUAUACAUUUGUGUAAUUAUAAAUCUUAAAAUUGUACUUACAUAACGAAAUAUAAAACCUAGAAAUUAAUUUGUCGGUUAAUAAUUUUGUAUGUUAAUUUAAAAUAACAUUAAUUACUUCGAAAUAUAACCGAUUGUAUGCGGAGGUCAUAUUCAUGUUAUGUUUACCAGUAAACGUUUUGUGAUUUAUAGUUUCCACUGACGGUCUAAUGUUUAUGUAUUUCAUUGAGAGACAUUGCAAUAUAGAAUAGGUUUUUAUUUUUCCGUAGUUACCAACAGUUUUCAGCUAGCCUUAAAGUAAUAUAUUUUAAUAAUUUCUAUGAAUUGGUCGUUGACGCUUGUGUGUUCAUCUCGAAAGUUAUUUUUAAACGACGAAAAUUAUGUAUAAUUUGUUCUUAUUUAGUCGUUUAAAAUAAAUUUAAUUCAUCGGUAUCAGGAACAUAAACCAACCUCAAGUUUCUGAAACGCCGAUCAAGGUCAAAUUAUUUACGGCACGAUCAUUGGUUGAUGGCAUUCGAUGACGCUAUAAUCGACCAAUGAGCUUUCAGAUUUAAGUCUUUGAUCAACGUUUCAGAAACAGGAACUGGUAAUUAUUUAGCUAAGCGUUAGUAUUCUUUGAAAAAUAAUGUUUAAAUGUAAUGCAUGAAAAGUUUAUGAAUUAUGAAAUUCUUUUGUUAUUUGAUAAGAACUGGAGCUUAAACAGAAAUAAUCACACAAGCGUCUUACAUUAUAAGCGUUGUUAUAAAUUACUUGAAUUCAACAAUAAUGGGAUAUUAAAUAACGAUAAUUCUAAUUUAUUUAUGUACAUUUGUAAACUCGAACAAUCAGAUAAUUCAUAUUCAAAUUUGUCAGUUCAUAUUUAGAUAAACUAUUUUUCCUUUGUCACUUGAAGCUAUAAAACUUAUUUCAAAAGUAUUAAGGUAUUAUUUCAACAAUGCCUAUUAAAGAAAUAAUAACAAGAUUAAAAUGAAUUUCAUUCUACAUUCUCAUAGCAUACGUCAAACCUAUGUAACUAGUGACGUCGAUAUUACGUAAAUGAAUACCGAUCACGUUUACAGAACAAAAAGUCUUUUAUAGUGUAAAGAACAAAAAAAUGUUUAUUGAAAGAGCAUUUGCGUAAAGACGUUAAAACAUAUCGGCUACUUAUCUAUUUAAUAUCACACAACUUGUUGAUUUCACGUAAUUUUUGGUAUAUUAUACGUGAGUCGAAUAUUAUAUUGAAAAACACGAAAUGGCUUAAAUUUUAGAUUUCAAAUUUUUUAUUUUUAAGAAUAUUAAUAAAUUUUUUUAUUUGGCUCAUGAUAUAUUUAGUGUACGAUCAGCGGCAAAAAUCAUUUCAAUUUACGAAUAAUGAUGUUUUAAUUAAAAUACCAAUGGAAAAAAAAAGUUGAUUUUUGUUGCUGGCAGUACACGUGCCACAGCGCCAUGUUGCGAUCCUCGCUCAUAUGUUAAAAGCGAUCUCGCGACAAACGGACUCUCUAGUUAAGGGGACGCUAGUACAUAAAGCCUUACGUUGUAUAAGCUUAUUAAUUAGUUUUAUCAAAUAUAUUUACAUUUGUAGUUAUUAUUUUUCUCUUCCAAGUUGCCUGUUUCGUGUAACGAGAAGCGUGACAACGCUGUUGUUGGGUUACAUAAUGAUUACUAUAUAUUUGUGAAGAGUUUUAAGCUAUUGUAAAUUUUACAGAAAACUAAAUAAAAAAAAUGUUGUGAAAAUAAAUUAUAAAAAAGUGAUAAACAGUGA